UCUCUCUCUCUCUCUCUCUCCCUGCCUCUAUAUUUGUGUCAUCUUCACAUCUCCUUUUCUUCUCAUUGUUUCUCAGCACUACUUCCCAAGUAGGAAUCACCUCUCUUGCUUUUCACCAUGGCUUCUAAUCACAAUUGGCUCGCCUUCUCUCUCUCCAACAACUCUCUCCCUUCCGACUCCUCCCAACUCUGCCUUUUCGAAGCCCUCUCCGCCUCAACCCAUCACAAUGGGGGUGUUGAUAGAGAGCAGGGUUUUCCGGAUCGUGGUGGCAGUGACCUCAUCGGCGGCCCCAAGCUGGAGGACUUCCUCGGUGGAGGUGGAGGUGGAGGUGGAGCGGGUGCAGGUCUCGAUCAGUUCUCGGCUAAAACUCCGGCGGGUUUGUCUGAUGCUGAGAUAUACGAGUCCGAGCUGAAGACCAUAGCUGCGAGCUUCUUACGUGGGUUUUCUUCAGAGCAAAGCGAGGCUCAGAAGCAGCUGGCGCUGACGCCGGAGCCGUCGCCGAAGAAGUCCGUCGACACCUUCGGCCAACGGACCUCCAUUUACAGAGGAGUUACACGACAUAGAUGGACAGGGAGAUAUGAAGCCCAUCUCUGGGACAACAGCUGCAGAAGAGAAGGACAGAGCCGGAAGGGACGACAAGUUUAUUUGGGUGGGUAUGAUAAGGAAGAGAAGGCAGCUAGAGCUUAUGAUCUCGCCGCUCUUAAGUACUGGGGUCCGACCACCACCACUAACUUCCCUGUUUCUAACUAUGAGAAAGAACUUGAGAAUAUGAAGAACAUGACUAGGCAAGAGUUUGUUGCUUCACUCAGAAGGAAAAGCUCUGGAUUCUCGAGAGGAGCCUCUAUUUACAGAGGAGUCACCAGACACCAUCAGCAUGGGAGAUGGCAAGCCAGAAUAGGAAGAGUUGCUGGGAACAAAGAUCUCUAUCUUGGAACAUUCAGCACUCAAGAAGAAGCAGCCGAAGCCUAUGACAUUGCUGCAAUCAAAUUCAGAGGCCUAAAUGCAGUAACCAACUUCGACAUGAGCCGAUACGAUGUCAAAAGCAUUGCCAACAGCAAUCUCCCCAUCGGAGGAGCAAUAACCACUGGCAAACCAAAAACAUCUCCCUCUGAUUCUGCUUCCGAUAGUGGAAGUCGCCGGUCUGAGGAGCAGGUUCAGGUUCUCUCUGGCCCAUCAAAUACACUCAUUUUUUCCAAACCCCUCAAGCAAGAUCACCAUCAAUCGGUUGAUUACUGGUCCGUACUGGGGUACCAGGCCUCCACAUUGAACAGUGUUGUGAAGAACCCCAUAUUGGAAUCCUCCUUUCCAUUUCAGACUUCUAGCAACUUGACCAUGGAUUUCUCCACAGCUUCUGCAGGCUUCCUCUGCAAUGGUGGUGGGUACAUUCAACAACAACAGAGCAACAGUAGUAGCAGCACUGCUUCAAGUUCAAACUCAAUCCCAUAUGCAACACCCGUUAAUGGUUUAAACAGCAGUACUAGCUAUGAGGUCUCUGGGUACAACAGCUGGGCUGCUGCGACUGCUGCCGCUGCUGCUGCUGCUGCUGCACCAUCUCUUCAUUCAUUCCAAGCUGCAAAGCCCAGUCUCUCAGUGUUCCAAACCCCGAUAUUUGGCAUGGAAUGAGGUCCUGGAACAGGGUAUUGAAGGGCAAAUCAUGAAGUUGGUAAAACAUAUAGUUUUGGACAGAGGAGAGAUGGACUGACAAUGGUUUCACAGAUGAGGUAGCUAGCUACCAGAGCUGACUGGAGAGAGAGAGUAGUACUAACUGAGGUUUUUUGUGGAGUUCAUGCUUUGUUUUCUUUUGUCUUCUUCUACUCAUCUUGACUGACAUGAUUUACAAAAUGGGUAUAAUGGGAAACAAAAUCCUUUUGUAAUCCUUCAUAUAUUUUUCUCAGUAUGAAUGUGAAUAGUACUCUUCCUCUA